GCUAAGGUUACCUUGGAAUGUUGAGGGCUCCCUGGGGCAGGACUAUAUAACCCCAGAGGGACUGCCCAGGCUGACUCUGCUCCUUUCCAGCCAGAGCCACUGCCUUGCCCCCAGGAGACCGAAGACAUGGCACCCAAGAAGGCCAGGAGAAGGGCGGCAGCAGAGGGCGGAAGCUCCAGUGUCUUCUCCAUGUUCGACCAGACUCAGAUCCAAGAGUUCAAGGAGGCCUUCACGGUAAUCGACCAGAACCGUGAUGGCAUUAUCGACAAGGAAGAUCUGCGGGACACCUUCGCAGCCAUGGGGCGCCUCAAUGUGAAGAAUGAGGAGCUAGAUGCCAUGAUGAAGGAAGCCAGUGGUCCCAUCAACUUCACCGUCUUCCUGACCAUGUUUGGAGAGAAGCUUAAAGGUGCUGAUCCUGAGGACGUGAUCACUGGAGCCUUCAAGGUCCUGGAUCAUGAGGGGAAGGGCACCAUCAAGAAGCAGUUCCUGGAGGAGCUGCUUACCACGCAGUGCGACCGCUUCUCCCCGGAAGAGAUCAGGAACAUGUGGGCAGCGUUCCCCCCCGACGUGGGAGGCAAUGUAGACUACAAGAACAUCUGCUACGUCAUCACGCAUGGCGACGCCAAGGACCAGGAGUAGGGGACCCUCUUAGGCUUCUGCUGGCCAAUGCCUCCUGCCAGUCUGACCCCCCACCCCGACUCCUAAUAAAACUCAACUGGUCUUUGUUUAUUA